UGUUGACAAGAAAUUCUAGCCAGUAGAAUCCAGCUGGAACCCAGCCGAUAGACUCUGGGCCAGAGCUCUGAGAAAAUCUACCAGAGCUCCCGGCCUUCGUGCUUGUAUUUCGCGCUGGGGUGGUAUGGUUCUACAAGUGUGAUAGUUAUCGUUGCGAAUGAUUCAUCGGCCGGAUAAAAUUACCAGCGCAUCGCACAAUUCCAACGUACACAAAACGCAGACAUGCUGUCGAGAGCAGGCAAAGACCUGCUCAAGAAUACGAUCCACUCGGUGGGAUUCCACAACAAAGUUCUCGAAGAGCAAGAAAUGUGGAAGCAAUGGGAACUUGAGAAGGGUUUGACGAUGAUGGUCAGCGACGACGUCAUCAAGAUGAGGGCCCGCGAAAAAGAAAAAGCUCGACAAGCUGAGAAGCGCAAGACACAUGUCAAGCUCAGUCCCAAGAAGAGCACAGUCGGGGAACUAAGGAAAAAAACGCGACCGAGUGGAGCUGACACCGAGCGUUGGGAUCACGCAGGAUUCUAUGAGCUCGAGUUCGGCUCAUCUACCUACGGGGGUUCGAAAACCAGGAGGAGACCCAAGGAGGACUUCGACUCGAGUUCUUCGUCGUCUUCCUCAUCGGGUUCCGCGUCGUCGACGACCGGAACGUCGAGCUCAACCUCAUCCGAGACGACUUCAUCAGAGUUCUCCUCGUCGGAGGAUUCAUCAUCUUCGACCUCAUCGUCAUCCUCGAGCGAAGAUGAGAGAUGCCGGAAACGUCGACGUCAUCGUUCCUCUCAGAAGGAGCGAAGAAGUCGCUCGAACACGCGGCGGACGCCAGACAACUGUUCGCGGAAGAGGGACACGAAUCGUCGGCGACCGCAGCGAGAUGAAGAGAUUUCUUCCGAGUCUUCCAGUUCGGAAGACGAUAGAACGCACAACGAUAGGAGAAGGAAGUUGGCUCCGAGACGAGCCGUCAUUAAGCAUUAAUCUCGCGAGGAGGACGGAGGUGCCGCGGCUUUACCAGCCAAAAGUGAUUCUUGACGAGCUCGAUGAGCUCAUGGGAUUCUGUUGUUACAAUCUCUCCUCCGUGUUUGACUCCGCGUCAUGGACAUCUGGCGUCGCUCAAAGUUUCAGUCUUCGC